GCGCCCCGCCCAGCUUCAUCUCUCCCCUCCCAGGGCUCACAGGCAGACAGAGGCUCCUCUCUCUCCCCGCCCCUCGCCUCGGCCCUUUCUCUUCCCAGCACCUCGGGCUGCUCCCCUGCAGCAGCAGCAGCAGCAGCAGCAGCAGCAGCAGCAGCGGGGUCAGCGGCCCACACAGCAGGGAGCAGCGAGAGGAGGCUGCCUCGAGGAUGAAGUGCAAACCCAAUCAGACGCGGACCUACGACCCCGAGGGGUUCAAGAAGCGGGCGGCGUGCCUGUGCUUCCGGAGCGAGCGCGAGGACGAGGUCCUGUUAGUGAGUAGCAGCCGGUACCCGGACCGCUGGAUCGUGCCGGGCGGGGGCAUGGAGCCCGAGGAGGAGCCGGGCGGUGCGGCGGUCCGAGAGGUGUACGAAGAGGCGGGAGUCAAGGGGAAGUUAGGCCGGCUCCUGGGCGUCUUCGAACAGAACCAGGACCCCAAGCACAGAACGUACGUGUAUGUACUGACUGUCACGGAGCUGCUGGAGGAUUGGGAAGAUUCGGUUAGCAUUGGGAGGAAGCGAGAGUGGUUCAAAGUCGACGAUGCCAUCAAGGUUCUCCAGUGCCACAAGCCCGUGCAUGCCGAAUAUCUGGAGAAACUAAAGCUGGGCGGUUCCCCAACCAAUGGAAACUCCAUGGCCCCAUCCUCGCCAGAUAGCGAUCCCUAGUGAAUGGCAUAGAUGUUGUUCAGAUUUACUUUGAAAGGAUCAAGUAUGUGAAUGGAUGAAUGGAAUUGUGAAGCACAGAUGAGCUCUUUCGCACUCCAAGGACACAGCUCAUCCUAUGCUUUUGGACACUUCUUCCCUGUUUAUUACAAUGACUAUUCUCCAGGUUGUUGCACUACCGCUGUAUCUGUACAGAAUUUUAACUUGGCACCUGUGGCCUUUUUUGUGCUUUUAUGAUUAUGUGUCUGUAUUUCCCACCAGAUUAUAUGCCCUUGAAUCCAAGGAACUUGUUUCCUUAGUCUUUUUUAUAUAUCUAGCAUAUAAGAUAUUGCUUAGAAUAUGGUAGACAUCACUGAAGAUUUGUUUAAAUAGUUCAUAUUUUGUAAUGAUACUGAAUGGUUAAACAAUCCCUUUCUAAUCUGUCUAGCAUAUAUGUGACUUUUGUUUAUCAAGUGUCACACAACUGCUUCAAGGCAGCUGUGAGAUACUAGAAAGCAAAAAUUCUUACUCCUAUGUCUGUGUCAUCCCAGACAUGUGCCUCCAGAUGGCAGUAUUCUACACCAUCUAUAAAAUAUAUUUGCAAAGCCAGGCACAGUGUUAAGCAUCUGCCUCAGGAGGCUGAGGCAGAAGAAUAGCUUGAGCCCAGGAGCUUUAGUCUAGCCUGAGCAAUAUAAUGAGACUCCGUCUCUUAAAAUAUUUGCCCAAACAUUGAACCUAAAUUUGACCACGCCCCUAGAAAUAAUUCCUAAUUUUUAGAAAAUAGGGCAGAGAAACAUUAUUUUACACCAUGGAGAUGAGAUCAGCAGAAUCCAGACUAUAAGAAACUACAGGACACAUGACUCAGUUUCUUCUGUAAAUAACUUGCAAGGAUGAAAGAGAUGGAGGAUGAACCUAUAGAUUUAAAGAGACUUAAGAGACAUAUUAACCAAUUGUAUGGAUCUUAUUUGAAUUGUGAUUUGACCGAACUGUAAAACAAAUACAUUUAUGAGACAAUCGGGGUAAUUUGAACAUUGGUGGGGUAUUUGGUAUUAGGAUAAUGGUUUUAUCAUUAUGUUAGAAAGAAGGGUCCUCAUCUACAUUCUCAAACAUUUGUGGCUGAUAUGAUAUGAUUCUUGGAAUUUGCUUCAAAAUAGUAAAUCUGGAUGUUAAGUGCAUUGCAAAGAUUGAUGAAACGAAAUUGGCCUUGAUAAUUGUUGAAGCUGGGUGGUGGCUAAAAUGAGGUUCAUUAUAUAUGUUCAUCUCUAUUUUUGUAUGUUUGGCAUUUUCCGUAAUAAAGUUUAUAAAAGUAA